AUGAUACCAAAACAUCCUCCUUCUCCUCAUCACCACCAUCGCUCACGGCAACGUACACGGCACCCAUCGGUUCUCAAGAUCGCCGUCGGCGGCGCGGCCUUCGUCGUGCUUGUGUUUCUCAUCAGCGUCCCCCGCGAUCUAUGGCCAGGUCUCUUCCCGUCCUCCACCGGCGGCAAGCUGGACGGGGACAUAGUCCCCGCCCGUGUCUCGCAUGGUCCACUGGAGGACAUUCUUCACGACAUUCACCGCAACUUUACGCGCGUCUGGAAGGAGCACAGUGACCAUGCUGUCCCCCAGCCCGUGUACGCUGGACCCGCACUCACCGCCGCCCAAAAGGCGCGGUAUGCGCACCUCCGCCGACCACCUGCAACGCGUCAUUCUAAGAUUACGGCUGAGGGUAAAAACAUUGUGCCCAAAUACAUGUUUACAACGAUCGUGCGCGACAUUGGCGCCCAGCUUCCCGACUUGCUCAACGCGCUCGCCGUUGUGACGCUCUUUGUCGGCCCCGAGCACGUCAGCUUUAGCAUUGUCGAGGGGCCUAGCGGUGACCCGACACCGCACAUUCUGCGCGACCAGCUGCGGCCCAUGCUCUUGGCACUUGGCGUCGCGCCGUCUGCCAUCAACAUUGAAACCGAUGCCAAAAAGAUCGACUUCAACCGCGUCAACCGCAUUGAGGAGCUGGCCAAGCUGCGCAACCGCGCACUCGAGCCGCUGUGGAAGGACGUCGACCAGCAGUAUCUGGGCAAGACGCCGCCAGGCCGCCGGCGCACUGUGGGCGCCGACGUGGCCGCUGUCGUGUUUUUCAACGACGUCUUCCUCCAUGCCACUGACAUUCUCGAGCUCCUCCAUCAGCAUAUCUGGGCCAGUCGCGGCAACGCAGGUACUGGUAUCACAGCUGCCUGGGACUGGAUGGAGCGCGACCCGGCCUUCUUUUACGACGUCUGGGUGUCGCACACGAUUGACACUGGAGACAUCUUCUAUCCCAUCAACCAGGCUUGGUGGAGUGCGAGCGAUGACAUUCUGUCCACGUCCCCGUCCUCGCGCGCAGCAUACGACCAGCUCCGACCCUUCCAGGCAUACAGCGCCUGGAACGGCAUGGCCGUGCUGUCGCCCACACCCUUCCUCCCACCAACCAACGUCCGCUUCCGCCGCAGCGACCCCAAACGCGACGAGUGUGCGGCCUCAGAGUGCACCCUCAUAGCGGCCGACUUCUGGAAGUAUGGGUACGGGCGCGUCCAGGUCGUUCCCUCCGUCCAGCUCGCGUACGGCCGCGACGUGGCUCUCAAGACUGCCGUUGAGCUCCGCAAGACGCAGGCCAAGCUGGGGUGGAAGGAGUGGGAGGGUGUGCCGCCUUACAACCUGGACACCACUGUCUCUUGGAUCAAGGAACCGCCAGCAAACGUCCGCUGCAACCCUUGGCCCGAGAAGAAUGGCCUCGACGCCAACGUAUGGGAGAAUACCCUUUGGGUGAAGCCAUAUGUGCUCUAG